UACAAAGCGUCCGUUCUAAACUGGAAAAUUUGUCGCAAUUUAUAAAAGCUCGAAUAUGUCUUGCACCGCAUUAGUUAGUUAGUAUUACAUAAGUGAACACACGCGGUCAGCCACAAUGUUUCUGUUUUUGGUAUGUCUUGCGGUAUCCUCAGUGGUGGCCAUCGAUUUGGGAGACCAUCAAUUGGGCAGUUUAUACAAUAACUACCAGGGAGUUUACGCACAAACCUAUGAAGACUACAAACCCCACGAUUACGAAUUUGGAUAUGGAGUCUCUGAUCCACACACCGGCGAUCACAAGUCCCAGUGGGAGGUAAAAGAAAAAGGAGUAGUCCGUGGAGGUUACAGUCUUCUGGAAGCCGACGGUACUACCAGAGUGGUAGAAUACGUCGCCGACGAUCACGGUUUCAGAGCCAUCGUCAAGAAGAUCGACCAGUACGGAAACACCCAUGUAGAAUCCCACGGCAACCCAGAGGUACACCAAGAACACCACGAACUAGCUACCCCCAUCGUAGCCGCCGAGCCUGCCGUGUCCCCUGUCUAUCAGACUUACGACGGACAUGUAGAUAACUACGUACAAAACAUUGCACCUGUUGUAGUCAGCAAAGUAGCACAGCCCAUUGAGGCUUACCCCGUAGUACAAAAGGAAGUAGCUUAUGCACCCGCACCAAUCCAACACGUAGAACAAGUACAGCCAAUUGAACAACAGUAUUAUCAGGCACCUGUUUUGCAGAAGGAAAUCGCCUACGCUCCAGCUCCGUACCCGGAAGUUCCAGCCGUACAGAAAGAAAUUAUUUCGCAGACCUACGAAGCCCAACCAGUAAUCCAGAAGUCCAUCUCUUAUGCUCAAGCUCCAAUUGUUCAAAAAGAACUUGUUGCUCCAAUUGUACAAAAACAGAUCAACAUCGCUCCCACUGCCAUUCCUUACUCUGCCCCGCAACAAGUUUACAGUCAAGAACCCGUUUACAACAGCUACAUCGCUAAGUCUCCUUACAUUGUUGACAUCAAUGCUUUCGGACCAAAAUCCGAUGCCGUAUUCGUUCAACCCAAACUGCCAGUUUACCAACAACAAUACGAAGUGCCACAAGCUCAAAGUUAUUACGGUCAAGAACAAGCUCUGAUCAAAAACUACGGACAAAAUGUUUUGACUCCAGUAGCUAAGGGUAUCUCCCAGGAAACUUAUCCUUCUUACGUUUCGGAAGGAUACACUUCCAACGACUUUGUUCAUCCACACGGUGAAUCGUCUCAAGGUUUCUAUGCUUCUACCGGCAAUGUUGAAGACGAUUCUGCUUAUACCAACUACAACCAAUAUUCGCAGCAGGUUAAUGCGUACCCAACUUCUUACAAGAACUUCCAACUGCCAUUAUCCUCUGUUGUGGGACAUCCAGUUUUACAUUAACCACUUAUUGUAGGAUUAAUGUUUGUAAAUAUUUAUUUUUUG